AUGACGGCGCCUAGUCAGAAAUGUGUGACCGUUUGGCUUUUACUGAAUAUGUGCUGUUCUAUCUCUAUAGUUUUAAUAAACAAAUGGAUUUACACAAACUGUGGAUUUCCGAACAUAACUCUUACAUGCAUUCAUUUUAUUAUAACAUCAAUUGGACUGUUUAUUUGCAGACUAAUGCAAAUGUUCGAACCGAAAAGUUUACCAAUUACGGGAAUGAUACCUCUUGCAAUGACUUUCUGUGGAUUCGUUGUGUUUACAAAUUUGUCGCUGGAAACAAACACUGUUGGGACAUAUCAGCUGAUAAAAACAAUGACAACACCAUGCAUAAUGUUGAUACAGACACAGUACUACGAAAAAAUGUUUUCACUUCAAGUGAAAUUGACUUUGAUACCUAUUGCAGUGGGUGUCUUCCUUCAUUCCAUGUUCGACGUGAAGUUUAAUCUCAUGGGCAUACUAUUUGCCACUAUUGGUGUCCUGGUAACGUCUUUGUAUCAAGUGUGGGUUGCGGAAAAGCAAGUGGAAUUUCAGGUUAACUCGAUACAGCUACUUUACUACCAGGCCCCACUGUCAGCGCUCAUGCUUAAUGUAGUGCUACUGUUCACAGAGCCAUUCAACCCUAACGAAGUGUUCAACCACUGGGAAAUGGAAACUCUGGGUAUGGUACUGUUGUCCGGUGUCGUAGCGUUCUCCGUGAACCUCUCCAUCUUCUGGAUCAUUGGUAAUACUUCCCCAGUCACAUAUAACAUGGCCGGACACCUGAAGAUCGUCCUGACUCUUCUUGGGGGAUGUUUGCUGUUCCACGAUAGCCUUAACUUGCUCCAGAUCAUCAGCAUGUUGACAACCAUGUCUGGAGUCAUAGCAUACACACAUUUUAAGAUGCAGGAAAACAAGGUGCCCGUGUCACACACAGGGACUACUACCACAUAAAUGGGAUUAUGAGUUAUUAAUCAACCAUGUUUUACAGUGUGUGACAUAUUGAUACGUACACAUUUUUCAUUCUGCACAUUUCUUUGAAUAAAAUGUUUGAGAUAAAGGCAAUUGAUAUCUACAACAAACGGCUACGUAAUAUAUGAAACAAAUGACUGCGUAAUAUCUACAACAAAGGACGUGUUUAACCCAUUGUUUGUUAGUAAAAUUGAACAUUUAAAUGAGACAAUCAAGGGGAAAAAAGAAAUGAUAAAAAGUGCUUUUAUUAUUGAAUAACAUUGUAUUAACAUUAUUUUCUAGGUUAACAAACGGUAAACGGUGUGACUUAAUAAAGAUGUUUGUUACUGUUUGAAAAUUAUGCGAUGUACUGUUUAAUGUUUAUAUUGACAAUAGGUUUAAACGUAAAACAUAUUAAAUUAAGAAUAUUAUUGAUGUAUUGAUUAAAAUUAUAGGACAGGACAUGCAAGAUCAUUCACAAUUUAGACAAAAGUGUCUUUUUUAUUUUGAAUAGCAAAUGUUUAACAACUGUGUGUUAUAAACACAUUAUUAUAUGUGUACUUUAUUGUUUAUUAUUGUUAUUAUUGUUAGCUCUAGAAUCAUCGCAUUUUAAGCUCAGUACUGUUCAAACAUGAAAAUUAGUCCCAUUCCACAUAUAUAUAUGGUAGGAUUGGAUUUAAGGAUUUUAUGUGUCCAGACGCAUAUUGGCGGGGGAUAUCAAUUCAACGAAUUUGCUUGUUAAACUUGCUUUUUCAAAUUUCUUCAAAGACGAUUAAUAAAUGGUAUAAUGUGAAGCACAUGUUAAGUUUAUUUAAAGUUUGUCAAUAAUUCUUGCAAGCACAAAUCAAAGCUCAAAAACUGAAUCAAAAUGUCAAAAUGCAAAAGUCAAUUGUGGUAUAUAGUAGAUAUAUCUGUAAUUUUAUCAAAAUGUUCACUUAAAAUAUAUUUCUAAAUUGAUGUCGUAAGCUAACAGCUCAGUGGUUCUGAAACAAAAAUGACAUCUGUUUAAUUUGUUAGGUUAAAAAAAAUGAUUUGUAUAUAUAGUAGCAUUAUUUAUUGUGCUUUUUGAUUAGCUUUUCUAUGUGCAUUUUUGAUGUAUGCUUUCUUUGGGGUCAUUUGUUUUGAUGCAAUUCAAAUGUGCCAUGUGUAUGUUGUUUUAAAUUGUUUACGGGUGCAUAAGGGGAUAUACAAUUAAAAUUUGUCGUUGGUUUAGGGUUUUUGAAUUAUUUUAGUUGAAUGGGGAA